ACUUCACCUCCGGUGCACCUCAGGUAUACGACUUUGAUCUCGUUGGGGUCGAACUUCGGCGGCAUGGUGGAGGCGGCUGGUGUCGGAUGAACCCGGAUUCGGGACGACCGAAGAAAGUUGCACCUUCGCCCCCUCCGAGCCGAAAGCCGAGAGCAAAAAUAAAUAAAAUUUUAAAAAUAAAAAGAAUGGUUUAUCACAAGGAGAUUAUGUCACUGAAUGGCAGUGAUAAAUGUGGAUGAAAUCAUAGUGUUGCAAAUGGUUAUACCUAAAGGGACAGAAUGGAUUUUACUGGUUGAUUGGGAAAGACAUUUACAGUUUUGCUUAGAAUGAGUGGGUAAGAGCUGAAGGCCCAGUAACAGAAUUCCUUGUUGCUUUUGUUUGCGACCUAGGGUAAAGACUGCAUCUUUUAGGGAAAGAGUGAAGUGAAAGAAUAUUUCCUGUGCAUAUGGAUUCUAUAAGGUCAGAGGGUUCUUGUUUGACCUUGUAUAAAAUCAGCCUCUUAGACCAACCCAAAGCAACAUGUAGUUUCCUCCUUAUCAUAUUCCUAAUAGCAUAGUUUGUGACUCUGUUUUAAACCAAUUCAGAAAACUUUAAGGCCGAUUUAACUUUACUGGCUCCCUAUGUUGGCUUUGGUUAUUCCACUCCAUUAAACCUUUACUUCUUGGCCAUUUCUGCACUGUAAAUAUAAGUAAAUCUACUAACUCCUUUACAUGAGAUCUCUUUACAUAUUUAAGACAGUUAUCAUGUCCUCAGUAAGUCUUCUUUCCCUCUCCCAGAUCCUCAAAACUUCUUGGAACUAUUCAGGAACUCCAUGAGGUACAGGCUUCUGUACAAGAUAUAUGUAAAAUAACUUGAUAGGCAUGUUAUUCACACGUUUAGGAGUAAGUAAAAAACGAUGGCUUUUUUUUUUUUUUCAGAAAAUGCAAAGCUAUUAUUUAAAAGUCCCAAAACCAAAAAGAACUGAAGCCAAUGGGAUUAAGAGAUAAAAAGAAAACAGGAAGUAAUGGGUGACUUACCCAUUUCAAGACCUUCUCCUGCUAUUUUCUGAUCCCUAAGUUGUUCCAGAAUCGAUUUAAGCAGAAAAGUACAGCAGAGACCAGAUAAGUUACUGUGGAGUCAAGAAGUCUAUCAUGUCUGCCAUGAAGUUUGGAUAGAAUGAGUCAGGAAUUGGCAUUGGUCUUAAGAUCCCAGAUCUGAAAGUACUUCCCAUUGAUAAGAUAUUACUACACAGUCUGUAAUUGAUUAUUUGCAUAGAUAGAAAAAACAAACAAACUUCCCCAGCAACUUAAGAACUCUAAAAUAUCAGUUUUGUCAACUCACAAAUUUGGGUUGCGGUGAAAGUGGGAAAAAUAGAGAUAGGAAGAUGUAAGUUAAAUAAAAACAAGGUGUAUCUUUUUGUCUUUGAAUAUCCAUAGUUCUUUUUUAUAAGGCAAUUAAGAAGGAUAGAAAAUGUAUUCCAGCUGAUAAAAAGGAAUUCCCUGUGCGAAAGGGAGAGGAAAGGCAGAAAGCAGGUGGAAAAAAAAAAAAAUAGCAGGCAGUUGUCUUUAUAAUGUAGAUAGGUAUCGCCUCUAAUACAGGACUCGACACUGUUGUGCCCCAAUUAGAGAGCAAGCAUUGAUCGCAUGAACUUAAGUAGUGAUAACUUGUUGCCAAAUAAUAUUCAAAAGAAUAUCAGAAAUCAGAAUAAAUAUACUAUUAGUGUUUCAAAUCCAUCAAGUAACCUAGUUUUUCCUCCUUCCUCUCUACAAGGGAUUUUAAGUGCCACAGUGUGCUUCCCUCCCACUAUGCUGGUGCUUUUCCAUAGGAAGGGUUGUGCCUGGACCUCCCAGAUUGGAACGCCGAUUAUCGAAGGCCCCAAGGCUGUAUUCUCAGCUACGCCAAGUCACCUCAGAUAUUUGCACCAGAGCACCCAAAAUUCUGUGCCCAUGAGGAUAGUUGGAGUUUGUUCACAAAAUAGCAAAGUCUCUAGGUUGCUAUUCCAACAGCGGCAGUACUGAUGCUCCAGUUCGAAGGCCAGGAAAACAGAACGUAACGCCGGUGACUUCCAAAAUAUAAGUAACCACCAAAGUACAUGCUUAAUGACCUAGUGAAGUUAGCUUACGCCGCCUCCCAGACACCUGUAAUGAAGACCAUCUCGGCAAAGCUCUGGGGUGGGCAACUCGAUUUCACGAAAGCGGACACCAACGCUCUACCCAGGAAUAAAUGCGUCGUCUAAUGUUCCCAUUGGCCCUUUCGGCCUUCACUCAGCGGCUGACAACGCAGUCUUCCCUAGCGCAUGCGCGCCAUCUGCUUCCGGCCUGCGAGCUCGGUGUUCCACUCUUUGUGGGCCGGGUGGAUUUCCUGCUCUGCUUUUCUUAUGCCUGGUUGAUCUGUGUGCAAUGGCUCCGGACUCGGAUCCCUUCCCGGAAGGGCCUCUCUUAAAGCUGCUACCCUUAGACGCUAGAGACCGGGGCACCCAGCGCUGCCGCCUGGGCCCGGCCGCCCUCCACGCCCUGGGCGCGCGCUUGGGCUCAGCAGUGAAGAUCUCGCUACCCGACGGCGGCUCCUGCCUCUGCACUGUCUGGCCUCGGCGGGACGGAGCGAACGGCUUUGUGCAGCUGGACCCGCUGUGCGCGAGCCCCGGGGCGGCGGUCGGGGCGCCGAGAUCCCGGAGGAGUCUCAGCCUGAGCCACCUCCUCCUAGUGCCCUGUCCGCCCCUGCGGCGCGUUUCCGUGUGGCCGGUGUUGCGAGAGCUGGCGGGCGCGCCUGGUGCCCCGAAUACAGCCGCGGUGCUGGAGGCGGCGCAGGAGCUGCUGAGAAACCGACCGGUCUCCCUGGGCCACGUGGUGGUCGCUCUGCCGGGCGCUCCUGGCCCGGUGGCUGCCUUGCACAUCGUCGGCGGAACGCCCAGUCCCGAUCCCGCUGGGCUGGUCACCCCUCACACUCGCGUCGGCCUUGGCGGGGAACCUCCGUCCGAAGCCCAGCCGCAGCCCGAGGUGCCCCUGGGAGGUCUUUCGGAGGCGGCCGACUCGCUGCGGGAGCUCCUCCACUUCCCGCUCCGCUACCCGCGCGCCCUGGCCUCGCUGGGCUUAGAGGUGCCCCGCGGGGUGCUCCUGGCGGGGCCCCCCGGAGUGGGCAAGACCCAGCUGGUGCGGGCCGUGGCGCGCGAGGCGGGCGCGGAGCUGCUGGCAGUCAGCGCCCCCGCGCUGCAGGGUUCCCGGCCUGGGGAGACCGAGGAGAAUGUGCGGCGGGUCUUCCAACGCGCCCGGGAGCUGGCCAGCCGCGGGCCCAGCCUCCUCUUCCUGGACGAGGUGGACGCUUUGUGUCCCCGGCGGGGCGGUCGAGCACCCGAGAGCCGCGUAGUGGCCCAGGUGUUGACGCUGCUGGACGGCGCAAGUGGGGACCGCGAGGUCGUGGUGGUGGGAGCCACCAACCGGCCGGACGCUCUAGAUCCAGCGCUGCGUAGACCCGGGAGAUUUGACCGAGAGGUGGUCAUUGGGACUCCCACACUUAAACAAAGAAAGGAAAUUCUGCAAGCGAUUACCUCAAAGAUGCCCAUCUCCAGUCAUGUUGAUUUGGGCCUUCUUGCAGAAAUGACAGUUGGCUAUGUUGGUGCCGACCUGACAGCACUCUGUAGGGAGGCUGCCAUGCAUGCUCUCCUUCAUAGUGAGAAGAACCAGGACAAUCCUGUGAUUGAUGAAACAGACUUCCUUGAAGCUUUUAAAAAUAUUCAACCCUCAUCGUUUCGAAGCGUCAUUGGAUUGAUGGAUAUCAAGCCUGUUGACUGGGAGCAGAUUGGUGGCCUUGAAGAUGUAAAACUGAAGUUAAAACAGAGCAUAGAGUGGCCUCUGAAAUUCCCUCGGGAAUUUGUUAGGAUGGGCCUGAUGCAACCGAAGGGAGUUCUCCUCUGUGGGCCCCCUGGAUGUGCUAAAACCACUCUGGUGAGGGCCCUGGCCACAAGCUGUCACUGCUCUUUUGUUUCAGUGAGUGGAGCUGAUCUGUUUUCACCAUUUGUUGGAGAUUCAGAAAAAGUCUUAUCUCAGAUAUUUCGACAAGCAAGAGCAAGUACUCCAGCAAUUGUGUUUUUGGAUGAAAUUGAUUCAAUCUUGGGAGCUCGCUCAGCCAGCAAGAUAGGAUGUGAUGUUCAAGAACGAGUUCUUUCUGUUCUCCUGAAUGAAUUAGAUGGUGUUGGACUUAAGACAAUAGAGAGAAGAGGAAGUAAAUCAAGUCAACAGGAGUUUCAAGAAGUUUUUAACCGAAGUGUCAUGAUUGUUGCAGCAACAAAUAGACCUGAUGUGUUAGAUACUGCUUUGUUACGACCUGGAAGAUUAGAUAAGAUCAUCUAUAUUCCACCUCCAGAUCACAAGGGCAGGCUUUCUAUUUUAGAAGUCUGUACAAAAAACAUGCCAAUAGGUCCUGAUGUCUCCUUAGACAAAACAGCAGCAGAAACCCUCGUUUUUUUUCGGAGCUGAUCUUUUAGAACUCGCACAGAAGCUGCUUUGCUGGCUCUGCAAGAAAAUGGACUAGACACAACUACAGUGAAACAAGAGCACUUUCUAAAAUCACUUAAGACUGUAAAACCAUCGUUAAGUCGCAAGGACUUGGCUUUAUAUGAAAAUUUAUUUAAGAAAGGAGGAUUUUCUAACUUGGAAGGUAUUUAAAAAUCACCUUACACCCUUGUUCAGUUGUUCACGUUAAUUGAAAUGUGAACUUGCCUGUCGUUUGCAACUUCACACUUUUAGAAUUUGUGUUUGUAUUUCCUGUAAGUAAAUAAAUAAAAACAAAAAAACAAAAAACACAAAACCUUGUGCCUGAUAAGCUAAGGCUCAUUUAUUUUUAAAAGGCAUAUUAAAUAAAAUACUGUAAUUUAGGAA